AUGAAAAGAGAAUUAACCUUUGAAGAUAUUCAAAGAGAGUUACAACAGGCAGAAGAAGAUGAAGAAAUCAACGACCCCAACAACAACAAUGUAAAUAAUCAUCAUUUUACUAAUCAUUUAAAUAAUAACAAUACCAUUGUCAAUAAUAAUAUUACAGAACAACAAAUGAUCGAUUUUAUAGAUUCAAUUCAAAACAAUAAUGAUGAAAAUAAUUCUAAUAAUAAUGAAAAUGGAAAUGAAUUAAAUAGUAAUAAUAAUAUUUCUACAAAUAAUAAUAAUGAUGGUUCAAUUAAUACUGAUACCAAUAAUAAUAUAGAUUCUAAUAACAAUAAUAAUAACAAUAACAAUAAUAAUGAUAAUAAUAAUAAUAAUAAUAAUAAUAUUAAUAAUAAUAAUAAUUUCAAUAAUUUGAAUAAUAAUAAUAAUAACAAUAAUACAAGUAAUAAUAGUCUUGGAUUAAGUGGAGGAUUUUUUAUUCCAUCACAUUUAAUUUCAACUGGAUCAUUAAAUACUAGUACAUCGUCAUUGGGUAGUUCAGCUGAAUUAAUUCCACAGCAACAAAAGAAAGGUCCAAGAGUUUCAAAUCUAAGAGGUUCCAAUUGGUCGUCCAGUUCCAUUGAAAGUAGUGAUGAUGAAAAGCCAGCCAAUGAACAUGUCCAAAGAAAUCCAAGAUCCGAGCUAACCUCUUCUGUUGGUAGUGACAUUGAAGGUGGAAUCUCAAUGAAACAAAUGAAAAAGAAAGAUAGACAUGGUUCCAUUGUUGUCAAGGAAGGUCAAAAAUUCUAUUCCGAUGAUGAGUUGGGAUGGAAAGGUUGGGAAACUGUUCGUCUCAUAGGAGAAAGAUAUAUAUUUGGUCUACUUAUUGCUGCCAUUGUUUGCUUUUUCGUUUGGAUUCUUUCACUUCCAACAUGGACCGGUGGUUAUGAUUCUGCUACUUAUUUUAAUCAUCUUAUAUUUUUUGGACCAGUAUAUGUAGCAGCUGGUUUUUGCGUAUCUUAUGGUUGGAAUAGAUUAGUUAAAUCUCAGGUAUUGUACUAUUCGGUUGUCCUUAUAUCUGCCUAUACUCUUUUCUAUGGCUUGCUAUAUCACUUUGGAGUACAGUACUGGUACUAUUACCUUGAUGCUAUUGGAGUGGUACUCAUCUUUGUCCUUUUCGAAGUAGUCUUUUGUUUCCUAAUCAAUUGUAAUAUUCAAGGUGAAAAGUAUGGAAAGAAGGUUAAAUUUGAAGAAAUUGAUAUUAGAACUGCUGGUUGGAUUACUUUUAAUUAUACUGUACCAGAUAUUUUUGUAACUCUUUUAACAGUAUUAUACAUGUUCUUUUUAUUGCCAGUAUACUUUUCAAUUGACAAUAAUUUCAUUCGUCUUGCUUGGCGUUUAUUUGUUCAUCCUAUUUAUUGGGUUUCAAUUGUAAUGUUGGCUCGUCAAUUCUUGACUAGAGAUAUCAGUGCCGAUGAUAUUAUGUUAAAUAGUAAUAUUGUUUUACAUACAUUCUUCCAUCAUCAAACAUUGGGUAGAAUAUUUGUUUAUACAUUUACAGGAGAUGAAUCAUAUCUUACUGAAGUUGCUAUGAUUAUAGCUGCCAUUGAAGAUAUUGUGGUUAGGUGUCUGUCAUUGAAGCGUGAUGAAUGGGUUGCAAGAAUUCUUUAUGGUCAGGAAGUAGCCAAACAAAGCGUGUAUUCCCAACAAAAUUUGCAACUUCGAUCUGCUAUUCUAAACAUUCAAGUCGGUCUUGAGUUUAGUGGUCUCAUCUCUGCACCUCUCUUUGUAUUCUUGUUCCAAAAACAUGCCAUGUUGUUCCACUUUUUCGAUGGAGGUGAUAAGAUUCUCGCCGGUGAAAUUGCUCUUCAAGCACUCUUGUCCAUUGCACUAGAUCUUAUAUCUGAGUUUAUUUGUACCUACUUUGAAUGUAGGUUCUAUCGUCUGCCACUAUUAAACACUUGGAAGUGGAUAAAGAGCAACAAAUAUUUUAUUGUUUGGCUUGCUUUUGGUUCAGUUACAAUGGGUCUGUGUGGUAUGAUUUGGACUUGUGCUAGAACUCCUAGAAUGGGAUUAUGUUCAUCAAAUGAUAUUUGUUCAUGCGGUUCAAUUAUUGCAACUUCAUUGCCUCCAUGGUGUAACAACUCAACAAUGAUCAUUAAUAAUAAUAAUAAUAAUAAUAAUAAUAAUAAUAAUAAUAAUAAUAAUAAUAAUAAUAAUAAUAAUAAUAAUAAUAAUAAGGGAAUUAAAUUAAUUUAG